AUACAUGAUGGCUCUCCCCCUACCAGGACCUCUCUCACACACACUCUCUGUGUAUAUGUGUAUGUCUCUGGAAAUCUGUUUUGUGUUUGGCUGAUUUGUUUAUUGACUGUCUAUCUGUGUUCUUCAUGUUCCAUGGCAUAUACAUAAGAGGAUAUUGUGUGGAUUCGAUUUAUUAUCUACAUCAUCUGCCUGGCUUGCAGAUCGUUCUUGUCUUCUCGAUGGAUUCAUACAUCUUAUCUGUUCCUGUGCCGGUCGUUCUGGCCAUCUACAUAAGUAACCUUCGUGUACCUUAUCUUUGCCCUACAUCAACCUACAUGAUAUUUUUCCUUCGAUUGUGACUUCUCGACCGAAAUACGGAACAUGUUCUGCGGUGGACUAGAGAAUCUGG